AUGGCGUCGAAAUUCGUGCCUCAGCUGGUGCGCCAGGUGACGCGGGUUGCUCCCAAAACUUCACGAAGACAAUUAUUCCAUCCUAGAUACUUCUCCAGCACGCCUUCGUCACACAGUGAAACCCUCUCCGUGCACCGUAAUACAGCCGAGAACAACCCUAGUAUUCCUUUUUCCUUCAACGAAACGAACCUCCGCCUCAUCGAUGAGAUCCUCAAACGAUACCCACCACAGUACAAAAAGGCUGCUGUGAUGCCAAUUCUGGACCUGGGUCAGCGACAGCAUGGAUUUACAUCGAUCAGCGUGAUGAAUGAAGUGGCGCGGAUUCUAGAGAUGCCGCCGAUGCGAGUCUACGAGGUCGCGACUUUCUACACGAUGUACAACCGCAACCCUGUGGGCAAGUACUUUGUCCAAGUGUGUACGACGACGCCAUGCAUGCUAGGUGGCUGCGGUAGCGACAAGAUCAUGAAGGCAUGCGAGGAUUUCCUGGGGAUCCACUCCGGCCAUAUGACCGAGGAUGGACUGUUUAGUCUGCUCGAGGUCGAGUGUUUGGGUGCUUGUGUCAAUGCGCCCAUGAUUCAGAUCAAUGAUGACUACUACGAGGAUUUGACGCCCGAGACGACAGUCCAGUUGCUACAGGCUCUGAAGGAUUCCGCGACCAUCAGUGGGUAUGACGCUAGCAAAGUGCCGCGUCCGGGCCCGCAGGUUUACGAGGGUUCGCAGAGGAUGACCUGUGAGCCGCGGUCAGGGAAGACAACGUUGACUGGUGAACCGUAUCAUAUCAAAGAUGUCAUGCGGACGGAUGGCGAGCUGUGA